GGUUAAGGAGAGAACGUUGGAUACUCCCUUCGUACUUGGGGGCAUUGUCACAUGGAUCCUGUCUGCGAUCUCUAAAAUCUCCCAAAAUCAAAUCUCAUUCAUUCCGACAUUUCAUCAAACACCUUCCCUACGUCCAAUCCACCCUUCUCCUCCUUCAAACUUUCAACCAUUUUCAUUCAGAUUGGUAGCACCAUAGGAUGCAAUGCAAGUCUGCUAUUCACCACAGUUAAGAUCUGCUGGAAACAAGAGUUCCUCAUCAUUCUGUAAUUCGGGUGCAUACACGAGUCCAGGAACUCCUGAUUACGGAGAUAACAAUAACAAUGUGUUAGAGUUUCAAAAGGGUUGGUGCUCAGAGAGAGUACCAUUAAGCAAUAGUAGUAGGAGGCAUAUCAGUGCUGCAGCAUUGAUGCCUUUUAAUAGUGGAAGAACGUUACCGUCGAAAUGGGAUGAUGCCGAGAGGUGGAUUACGAGUCCGGUGUCGGGUUUUGGGGUUUGCAAGAGUGUAGAACCGCCGCACCCGUCGCAGAGACGAGUUAAAGCGAAAAGCGGACCGUUGGGUGGGACGCCUGGGGUUGGUUACUUUUCGAAUUACUCGCCUGCUGUACCGGUUCUUGCGGGUUCGGCGUUAACGACUGGUGUUCUUGUGCCUGAUGGAAUGGGUCAAUCUGGUAAUGUACCUGGAUGGUCUGAGUUGUUGAUCGACUCUUCAUAUCCUGAUUUUCGAGAUGAGAGGAAUGAUGAAGAUGGUGUUUCGCAGCGAGACAUGGCGACCCAAAUGAGCCCUGAGAGCAGCCCAGAAGCGUAUGUACCUCCAGCUGUGGAACAUGGCGGACGACAUUCUGCUAGGUUGGAAGUUAGGGAUGUACAGGUGGAUAAAGGAGCCACUAUGAUCAAGCAAUCAAAACGACACAGAAUGGGAAUGAAGGAUAACCGAUCACCGGAGGCUAAUGAAUUGGCUUUGACAUGGAAUGCAACAGAAGGAGCAAUGAAGUUGUCAAAGCUCCAGAAAGAGGAAGCACGGAUCACUGCGUGGGAGAAUCUACAGAAUGCAAAAGCCGAGGCAUCAAUCCGGAAACUUGAGAUGAAACUGGAGAAAAAGAAGGCAGCAUCUAUGGAUAAAAUAUUGAAAAAACAUAGAGCUGCGCAAAUGAAAGCGCAAGAAUUCAGAAGGAACAUGUCAGAGGAUGUUUCUCCCAGACAUUCCCGCAAAUUCAGAAGCUUACGUAGAUACGUCACAGAUUCCUUCAAAGGCUGCUUCAGUUGUCGUGACCCGUAAUCCUCAAAGAUCAUCGUUAAAACAGGUUUGUGGUCUAAGUAACUUCUGCAACUGAAACUCAGUGAUACAGCAAUCUAUUGGUGCUCUAAUUAAAAUGGCUUUUUGAUUUGGGUUCAAGGGGUAGAGUUGAUAUGCUAUGGGGGAUAUAGUUUUGAGACGAAUAUUAUAGAUCCUCAUUUUUGGGAGCGAUAAAAGAGGUAAAUACGUAAGAUCCCAGUUUGGAGCAAAGUUAGGUACAUAUUAUACUUGCUAUUGUAAGCAUUAAACAUCUACGACAGGUCUUAAAUUCAUGCUUUAUAAGAUGUAAGAUUCAGUGCGUUUAGUGUGUUCGGUUCACAGAUUUUGGAAUUCAAA